AGACGCCCAUACACACACACACACAAAAAAAGGCUUUCUCCCUCGCCAGCUGUUCCUUCCUGCAUUGCAACUGUUGUGAGACGGAGAGAGAGAAGGGAAGAGAAGAGAAGAGAAAGAGAACCGACGAGAGAGACGACAUCAGCAUACCGCUUCUCUCUUAUUUGUACAUCUCUCUUUCCCAUUGAAGCCCUAACCGUAAAGCUUCGAUCAAAUCGAUUCACUCUGGUUGACAAUUUCUUAGAUUUUGUGAAGAUUCGAACGCAUUUGCAUCGCCUAAGGUCCGAUCCGAUUUCCGUAUCUGGAUCAACCUAUUCCUCUAGUUGAUCCGAACAAUGGCGGCGGAAACAGAGGUUCGUGAGGAGAUUACUGUGCUCUCGGAAGUUCGAGUUGACGAGAAUUGUCAGGUUGACACCAAGGAUCUGCCCAAAGUGGGUGGUGACUGCGACAGAGCAGCUUCUGAGGCUGUUAGUGACUACAACGGAGAAGCUGAAACUGGUAAGAAUGGGAAUUCAAUGGGGGAGGAUGAUCCCGAUGGUUCGUAUGUCUUUAUAAGCCGUAGCAACUCUGUCAAUGGAGAUUCUAUUGAGAAGACUCUCCUUGAAGGAGAUCCUGGAUCGCCAGAUGGAUCCUUGAACCAUAAUAAGGAGGUCCUGGUCCAGAAACUUAGUGCAGACAAUGGAGAAGCUGUAUCUGAAGAGAGCAAAGUCGAUCAUGAGGCCAAUGAAUCUCAUUUAUUCGGCAAUGUAGAACCUGUUGUUUUAGCAGUCAAACCUGUUAUUGAUGGGAGUCAUACCGAAUUGGCUAAUGGAACUCAGGAGGAGCGUGAAGGAGCUGAUCACGAGUCAAUUCACUUGGUCUCUGCUUCUCAAGGUGGUGAGGUAUCUCCUAUUUUGAUUUUGAGUGCUGAUGAUCCUCAGCUUGACAAUGGUGUGGCUAAGAUAGGAGUAGUGGAUCAGGAAUCAAUUCCUGAUUUAGAUGAGACCUGUUUAGCUUCUAAGCUGAGGGAGGCCCCUGAAUCUGAAGUUGUUGGUUCAGAUGUUGGCAAUAGUUAUGUGCAGGAGAGUGAGGAAAUAAAUGGCGUGUCUUUGGGAUCCAUUGAAUGCACACCAGCCCUUAUUGAUGAUGUCAAGAUUCAAUAUGAGGAGGAAAACAAAAUUGGAUCUGAGACAGAGACAGAGAAGACCCACGUUGCACCUUUGAUUGACGAUAUCAAGAUUAAUGAGGAUCUGGAGGAACAUAAAGGAGUUGAUCAUGAGCCAAUUCAGUUGGACUCUGCUUCUGAAGAAGUCCAGCUAUCUCCUACUUUGAUUUUGAAUGUUGUUGAUCCUCAUAUUGACAAUGGUAUGGCUAAAAUAGGAGUAGUGGAUCACAAAUCCACUCCUGAAUUAGAUGUGACCUGUUUAGCUUCUAAGCUGGGAGAGGCCCCUGAAUCUGGAGUUCUUGGUUCAGAUGUUGGCAAUAUUAACGAGGACAAAAUUAAUCUGGAGUCAACAUGUCGUGGCCAGGAGAGUGAGGAAAUAAAGGUUAUGUCUUUGAAAUCCACUGAAUGCACACAACCACUUAUCGACGGGAUCAAGGUUCAGUAUGAGGAGGAAAGAAAAACUGGAUCAGAUACAGAGACAGAGAAGAUCCACGUUGCACCCUUGAUUGAUGAUAUCAAGGUUAAUGGGGAUCUGGAGGAACAAAUUGGAGAGCAUCACGAGCCAAUUCAGUUGAACUUUGCUUCUGAAGGCGGUGGGGAAUCUCCUAUUUCGAUUUUGAAUGCUGGUGAUUCUCAGCUUGAAAAUAGUGUGUCUAAAAUAGGAGUAACGGAUCAGGAAUCAUCUCCUGUGCUGGAUGAGACCUGUUUAGCUUCUGAGGUGCGGGAUACCCCUGAAUCUGAAGUUAUUGGUUCAGAUAUUGGCAGUAUUAAAGAGGAAAAAACCAAUUCAGAGUCAUAUCAUGGCCAAGAGAGUGAGGAAAUAGAUGAGGGUGUGUCUUUGGGAUCCACUGAGUGUACACCACCACUUAAUGAUGAUAUGAAGAUUCAAUAUGAGGAGGAAAGCAAACUUGGUUCAGAAACAGAAACAGAGAAGAUCCACAUUCCAUCUUUGAUUGACGAUAGCAAGGUCAAUGGGGCUCAGGAGGAACAUAUUGGAGCUGAUCACGAACCAAGUCAGUCUGAACUCGAUGGGAUAUCUCCUAUUCUGACUUCGAAUGCUGUUGAUCCUCAGACUCACAAUGGUGUUGAUAAAAUAGGAGUACCGGACGAUAUCAAGGCCAAUGGGGCUCAGGAGGAACACAGUGGAGUUGACCACGAGCCAAUUCAGUCUGAAGACGAUGUGAGUUCUCCUAUUUUGAUUUCGAAUGCUGUUGAUCCUAAGAUUCCCAAUGGUGUGGAUAAAAUAAUAGUAACGGAACAGGACUCCGUUCCUGAAUUAGAUGAGACCUUCUUAGCUUCUAAGCUGGUGGAGCCCUCCGAAUUUGGAGUUAUUGUUUCAGAUAUUGACAAUAAUAAGGAUAAAACUAAUUUGGAGUCAACAUGUCAUGGCCAAGGGAGUGAAAGAAAGGACGUGCCUUUGGUAUCUACUGAAUGUGCAUCAGCAGGUACUGAUGAUAUUAAGAUUCAAUUUGAGGAAACCAAAAUUGGAUCAUAUACAGAUACAGAAAAGAUCCAUGCUGCCCCCUUGAUUGACGAUGGCAAGGUUAACUCUGAUAAGGAAGUCAUAAUUGAAUCAGAUAGAAAAAUAGAGAUGAUUGAGGAGUGUAAAAGCAUUGAACCGGAGGCUACUGGAAGGAAACAGCCACAAGUUGAGGAUGAAAGCAAGGCAGAACCACCUAUCUUGAUGAAAGAAGCUUUAACAUCCGAAAACACAACUCCACAAUCGUCAGAUGAGGCAAGUCAACUUGAGCAUGGAGAAGAGAAUAUUGAGGAACAAGAAAAAAUUGAUGGCAGCCAAAAUUUUCAAGAAUCUGUUUUGGAGGUUGAUCUGAGCAAAGAAGUUGCAAAAGUAGCCAAUGAAGCUGUUGUCCCUGUUGUCGGUGGAACCUCCAGUACAAAUUCAAACGAGGAUAUUAAAGUUGUCUUGUCCAGUGAUGAGAUCUGUAACCUGGGAGCAGAAGUACCUAAUCAACCAACUGUUGCCUCCCUUGAGGACAAAAAUGUACCGUUAGAUAAUUGCUUGCUUGUAGAACCUGUUUUAACUUCUCCAGAUCCUUCUCUAUCUUCUCCUUGUGUAGAAAAUGAAUCUGGAAUGUUGAAUGGAGUAAAGGCACCCCUUAGUACUGAUUCUCUUGAAAAUGGAGAUGAAGCUGAUCUGAAGUUAGAACAUGAGACUGAGAACUCUUCCUCUAGCAAUGAUGCUCAUGUGUGUAAACCUAAAGAUGUGGAUACUGAUGAUAAAAAGUCUGAUGUUCAAGAUGAGGCUGUUGGCAAUGGUGCAAAUACAGAAAACUCCGACGGCCAAAAUGAAGAACCGAAGAUUGAUGUGGUGGAACAGACUGACAGGGACGUUACUUUACCAUCUACAACUGAGGAUGCUGAAUCCAAAUCAAAUGCACCAGAGGAAGAGAGUGUUGGAUUUCAAUUUGUGAAAAGUCCGUUCAACUACUUGAUCAAAAUGCCAAGAUAUGAAGAUGAUGGACUUAGAAAACAAAUUGAAUCCGCUCAUCAAGAAGUUGAGGAGAAGACGAAAAACAGAGAUGUCACUAAAGCAGAAAUCAAAGAUAAAAAGGUCAAGUCUCAGGAAUUACAGGCUAUUUUUGAAUCUGCCAAAUCAGAAGAGAAAGCAGCAAGGGGUUUGGUAAAGUCAAAACGUCAAGAAAUUGAUGCUGUUCAAUCUAUUAUCAACAAAGUGAAGAAUGCAAUUACAGUGGAUGAUAUAGAUAUCAGGAUACGCGGGAUGGAACACAUGAUCCAACAUGAAACAUUGCCUCUGAAAGACGAAAAACAGUAUAUUCGUGAAAUCAAACAAUUGAGGCAUCUCCGCGAACAGUUAUCUUCAAGCUUGGGUAGCCAAGAAGACGUACAACUGGCUUUGAACCAAAAGGAUGAAUCUGAAGAACGCAUGAAGAUCUUAAAGAAGGAACUUGACCGCCUCAAGGACACUGUAUCAAAUACUGAAGAAGCAGCCAGAGCUGCAUGGAAGAAACUUGACGAGGUAAAGAAUAAGAUCAGGGAAUUGUAUGUAGUAUUCACCUCUGAGGAUGAUACCCGUCAAGAAGCAUUUAGACGUUUGCAGAACCUUAAGAAGCAAUUGAGGGAUAAGAACGUGUGGUUCAGAAGGUACAAAGAUGAGGAAGAAUGUGCAAAUGGCUAUGCAGCAAGUGGAGACAAAGAAGUUCUCCAUCUGUUCUGCGCGAACCAGGUGUCAAAGAUAAUGGGACAGUGGAACACGGAUGAGGAGUUCCGAAAAGAAUAUAUCAGAUGUAACGAGAGAAGUAUAUUGAGGAGAUUUGGGACACGUGAUGGUCGAGCGUUAGGCCCAGAUGAAGAGCCGCCUAUAAUUCCAAAAGCGUGGGACAGAAGAACUGACCAGUCAGUUGUUGCACCAGUGAAGAAGGUGAAUAGUAAGAAACUACCUGUGGUUGAGGGCGGUGAAUCGAAAGGUAAACCAGCUGAAAAAGAGGAUGUCGUUCUUAUCGAGCAAAAUUUGAAGACUGAAGUUCCUGCCGAAAUUCCUGCCAACAACCCCCCCAUCUCUGUUCAAAGUUCAGCACCCAUAGAGGAGAAGAGUGGUGAGCCAGUAGAUGUGAAAGAGAAGGAGCCUGAGAAAACCAAAGAGGAGAUAGAGGCGGAGAGAAAAGCAGAGGAGCUAAGGAAAGAAGAGGAGAUGGUGAGGAUGAAAGAGCUGAGGAAGGUUGAGGAGAAGGUGAAGGAAAAGGAAGCUUUAGAUAGGAAAAGGAGAAAUGCAGAGAAAGCAACUGUUAGAGCUGAAUUAAGGGCACAAAAGGAAGCUGAACAAAAAGAGAAGGAAAGGGAGAAGAAGUUAAGGAAGAAAGAAAGGAAGAAAACAGGUGGGGCAGAGGAAGAAGGAACCAGAGAAUGGGGAUCUUCCCAAACCGGAUGGGAUUCACCCAAAGAUGUAGCUGUAACAAGAGAGGUUGCUGAGAUGAUGAUCAAUGAAAACAGCAGCAGCAGCAGCCUUCUUACUACUACUACUACAAACACAAAGAAGUUGUCAGCGGCUCCCAUGAAAGCAGCAACAAUCCAAUUGUCGAAGCAGACCAAGUCAAAACUGACUCCACCACCAGCCCUUCGCAACAAGGGGAAGAGGAGAAUGCAGCAAUGGAUUUGGGCAAUUUCGAUCACUGUACUCGUCAUUGUCCUGUUCUUCAUGGGCAAUGUUGGAUUCUACUCCAGCCUUAAGGAUAGGAAAUCUGGUCUCUAAAAUGGAUGAAGGUAAGUUUCAAAUAAUCAUCUCUGCUUAUAAAAUAAACAUACUAUUAAAAGCUAUUGGUUUUCUUAAUAGAGGAUAAAAUAUAGAGAGACUAGAAAAGUCUGCCUUGCUUGCUUGGAUUUAGUGUUUAUUAUUAUUAUUAUUACUUACAGUUGGCCAUUAAUCAUCUUCAUUUCUUUGAUAUACACAGAUUUGAUAAAUUGGACCCAUAUAUAUAUUUAAUCUUUAUAGACAACAAAUACUUUUGAA